AUGAGGCGACCCACAAUGCUGGUGCUGCUUUUCAUUCUCAUCGGCACAGCUCCCUUGAUGUAUCGGUGGCAUCGCCAUCCUACAAUAUUCGUCAUCACACCGACCUACUCACGCCCAAACCAGAUGCCCGAAUUAGUACGCCUAUGUACUGUUUUAAACACUGCUGGCAAUGUCCACUGGAUAGUGGUUGAGGACGCAGUGACCAAAAAUAGAGCAUUGACUCGAUUUCUCGAUGAUUGCGGCCUUCCCUAUACUCACUUGAGCGCACCAACAUCCCCGUAUAAGAGGCACGUUCGAGGGACGAAUCAACGUAAUGAAGCUCUGCAUUGGUUGCGAAAGUCAUUUCAGUUAACCGGGCAAUCCGGAGUCGUGUACUUUGCGGAUGAUGACAACACCUAUCACCCAGAUCUCUUUGAUGAAAUGCGAACACUUAGAAGAGGAGCAACAUGGCCCGUGGGCAUGAUAGCUGCAUCUAACUGGGAGGGAUGCAUCACCAAUCCUAACGAUCGCAGCAAGAUAUCAGACUUCUGGACUAAUUGGGAGCCCAAUCGGAAGUUCCCUAUUGACAUGGCAGGUUUUGCAGUCAAUCUCAACGUGGUUUUGGAAUAUCCAAACGCCCUGUUUGACGACACUACUAUCGGAAGGCAGGAAGGUCUAAUACUUUUGAGGCUUGGCUUCAAAAAUGGUUAUGAGUUGGAACCAAAAGCUGAUGGCUGCAGGAAGAUCCUUGUUUGGCAUACAAAAUCAGCCACCCAGGAUGUACAAGUGAUCGGGCCAGCUACCAUUAUGAAUAUGUUAUGA